AUGUAUGAUUAUAUGACCCCAGUCCUGUUCCAGGAUUGUUUGCUGGAUCUCUACUGCAAUUACCUGUUCCUCUAUGUCCCAGGUCCAUGGGGAAGGUGCAUGGGCAGCGAUUGUGGCCCAGGUGGCAGCCAAAGCCGGGCAGUCUGGUGUGCCCAUGUGGACGGCUGGACGACGCUUCACACCAACUGUGACCAGGGCCAGCGUCCUUCCAACCAGAGAAACUGUUUCCGUGUCUGUGACUGGCACAAGGACCUUUAUGACUGGAAACUGGGUGCCUGGAAUGAGUGCGUGCCAGUUUCAGCAAGGACCUUUGGGGCCCCUCGGCCAUUCACAUGCAGUGGAGGCGAAGAGGGCAUUCAGACCCGGGAGGUGGGCUGCAUACUCAAGUCAGACGGGUCUCCAGCAGAGGAUGCCAUCUGUGAGUACUUUGAGCCCAAGCCUCGCCUGGAGCAGGCAUGUUUGAUCCCUUGCCCCCAGGAUUGCGUGGUUUCCGAGUAUUCGCCAUGGACUUCCUGUUCCAAAACAUGCGGAACAGGCCUCAGGAACAGGGUCCGCAGUGUCCUGGUUCCUCCGCUUUUUGGAGGCGCAGUUUGUCCCAACCUAACUGAGUUCCAGUCUUGUAAACCGGGGCCUUGCACAGGUCCAGAGGGCAUGUACAGUCUCAGGGUUGGACCAUGGGACCCGUGCGCCCUCCCACAGGCUCGGACAACACGCCAAGUUAAGCGCAGGAAAGGAAAAGGCCAGGGGCUCAGGGAAAGAGCAGGAGUCAAAGAUCCAGAGACCAGGGAGCUUAUCCAGAAGAAACGAACCAGGAAUCGCCUAAACCGGCAAGAGAGUCCAUUCUGGGACAUCCAGGUGGGCUACCAGACUCGGGAUGUGACCUGCAUACACCGGAACGGGAGCACGGUGGGACGCAACCUGUGCACACCACGGGACAUGCCACUGACCGUCCAGUCCUGCGUCCUCCCUAAGGACUGCCAGGUAACCGACUGGGCCGAGUGGGGCCCCUGCUCCAAAACCUGCGUGAACCCCGAGUCUCCCAGAGGCAAUCGCACUCGGAGCAGACAGGUGCUCCAGUUUCCUGUGGGCGAGGGGGCGGAGUGCCCACCGCUGGAGGAGUCGGAGUCGUGUGAACCUCCGGGUGAAGGCGUGCCGCCCUGCGCCACUUACACCUGGAGAACCACAGAGUGGAGCGACUGCCGGGUCGACUCGUUGCUGAGCCAACAGGACCGUCGACGUAGCAACCUGACAGGGCUUUGUGGGGGAGGCCUGCAGACCAGGGAGGUUUAUUGCGUCCAGGCCAAUGCUGAGCUCCUAAAAUACCUCAACGACCUCAGAGAAAAAGACAAAGCGGGUCAGACCCAAAGACAGCAGAAGCCUAGUGUCCCCCCUCUCCUCUCCAUCACCUUCCAGAUUACAGCCUCCCGGCCGGUGGAGAACAGGCUGUGCGAGGGUCCGAUCCCCAACAGGUCGCAGCUGUGCCAAAUCCCCUGUCCCAUCGACUGUGAGGUGUCGCCGUGGGGCGCCUGGGGACCGUGCACCUUCGAGAACUGUGAUGACCAGGCUGCAAAGAAAGGUUUCAAACUGAGAAAACGACAGAUCACCAACGAGCCAACGGGAGGGCCUGGAAACUGCCCGCACCUGGUGGAGGCGGUGCCGUGUGACGAGCCCAGUUGUUACGACUGGCAGCUGGUCAGCCUGGAUCAGUGUCUCCCCGACGACGAGAAGCCAUGCGGCCCCGGCACUCAGCUCGCACAGGUCCAGUGUGUCAACAGCAACGGAGAGGAGGUGGACAGAAACCUCUGCUCGUCCUCCCCGCCCCCAGAGCCCGUUCCCUGUGAGGUGCCUUGCUCGAGGGACUGCGUGCUCAGCGAUUGGACACCCUGGUCUACUUGCUCUCAGACCUGCUCCAGCAAGACCAUCGAGGGGAAGCAGAUGAGGACGCGCUCCAUUCUGGCCUACAACGCUGGGGAAGUCACUGCGAUGGUUGUGGCGUGGAUCACAGUGAUGGAGGGUCUGUCACGGGUGCCAAAGUUUCCAGAACUGUUUGGUGGCGCCCUGUGCCCAAACAGCAGUGCCCUCCAGGAGGUGCGGAACUGUAACGAACAUGCCUGCACAGUUUACCACUGGCAGACCGGACCUUGGGGCCCUUGCACCGAAGACCCCUCAGCCUCAUCCCUCAACACCUCCAUGGGUGUCCGUACCAGCGGUGACCGUCAGGGUCCCUGCUCAUUGGGAUUGCAGACACGUAAGGUCAUCUGCGUCCGGGUCAACGUGGGACAGGUGCCACCCAAGAAGUGUCCAGACGGCCCUCGCCCCAGCACCGUGCGACCGUGUCAGCUGCCCUGCAAGAAAGACUGCAUCAUGACCCCUUUCAGCGACUGGACGCCGUGUCCUGUCUCUUGUGAUGCAGCUGGUAACGCUGUGAAGAGAAAGCAGUCAAGGAAACGUCUUAUCAUCCAGCUGCCGUCCAACGGAGGACAGGACUGUCCAGAGGUGCUGGAGGAGGAGAGGGACUGUGAGGUCCCCAAAAUCUGUCCAGGAUUCAGGUGGAAAACCCACAAAUGGAGGAAGUGCCAGCUGGUCCCGUGGUUUCUGAGGCAGAACAGUGCCGGUGCACAGGAGACCUGUGGACCAGGACUACAAACAAGAGCUGUGUCCUGUCGCCAGCUGGACGGGACGCAGGCCGACAUCAGCGAGUGUCUGAAAUUCGCCAAGGCCAUGCCCGCCAUCACUCAGCGCUGUCAGCUCCCCUGCCAGGAUGACUGCCAGCUGACCAACUGGUCCAAGUUCUCGUCCUGCACAGCUGACUGUGUGGGGGUCCGCACCAGAAAGAGAGCAUUGAUAGGGAGGAGCAAGAAGAAAGACAAGUGCAAGAACACGCAAAUGUACCCUCUGAGUGAGACUCAGUACUGCCCCUGUGACAAGUACAACGCCCAGCCAGUGGGGAACUGGUCAGACUGCAUCUUGCCGGAGGGGGGCAGAGCGGAGAGCAUCCUGGGGAUGAAGGUCCAGGGAGACAUCAAGGAGUGUGGAGAGGGCUACCGCUACCAGGCCAUGGUGUGCUACGACCAGGAAAACAGGCUGGUGGAGACUUUACGGUGCAACAGCCACGGUUAUAUUGAGGAGGCGUGCAUCAUCCCCUGUCCCUCGGACUGUAAACUCAGUGAAUGGUCCAACUGGUCGCGCUGCAGCAAGUCCUGCGGCAGCGGCGUCAAAGUUCGCUCCAAGUGGCUCAGAGAGAAACCCUACAACGGCGGCCGGCCGUGUCCCAAACUGGACCACAUCAACCAGGCUCAGGUGUAUGAGGUGGUGCCGUGCCAGAGCGACUGUAAUCAGUAUGUGUGGGUGGCCGAGCCGUGGAGCGUGUGGAAAGUCAGCAACGUGGACUUAAAAGAGAACUGUGGCGAAGGCGUCCAGACCAGAAAAGUCAGGUGCAUGCUCAACACCAUAGACGGGCCGUCGGAGUCUGUGGAGGACUACCUAUGUGACCCGGAGGAGAUGCCUCUGGGGGCCAGGGAGAGCCGACUGCCCUGCCCCGAGGACUGCGUUCUCAAUGACUGGGGCCCCUGGAGCCGCUGCAGCCUGCCGUGCACCCGAGCCAACAGUCGAGUGCGGACGGCGUACACCCUCCGGUCGCCCAGCGUGGGGAGACAGUGUCCAGACACGGAAGACAAUGAGCCCUGCAGCCUGAACCUCAACUGUUUCAACUACUUCUACAACAUCACAGACUGGAGUACAUGUCAGCUGAGUCCUAACGCUGUUUGCGGGAGCGGCAUCAAAACCCGGAUGCUCGACUGCGUUCGCAGCGACGGCAAAUCGGUCGAUAUGAAAUUCUGCGAGGAGCUGAAUUUGGAGAAGAAGUGGCAGAUGAACACCUCCUGUGUGGUCGAGUGUCCCGUCAACUGUCAGCUGUCGGAGUGGUCGGCCUGGUCAGAGUGUUCACAGACGUGUGGACUAGAGGGUAAGAUGUGGCGCCGGCGGUCGGUGGUUCAGGCCUAUCAGGGCGACGGACGGCCCUGCUCUUCUCAGAUGGAGCAGUGGAAGCCCUGCCCUGUCCGACCGUGCUACCGGUGGCAGUACAGCCCCUGGUCCGAGUGUCGGGUGGAGAGUGUGGUGUGUGGACACGGCACGCGCUACAGAAACCUGUCCUGCUUUGUGUCGGAUGGCUCCAGUGACAGCGAGGGCAGCCUGGUGGACGAGGAGCUGUGCAGCAGCCUGGAGCUGGCUAUCGACGGGGACAAGCGGAUCAGGCUGAAAGAGGCUUGUACCCUUCCCUGCCCAGGUGAAUGCUACCUGAUGGAGUGGUCAGACUGGAGCUCAUGUGUGAGCAUCUGUGUCAAGGGGGCCGGCGUGGACUUCGGUUCGGUUCAGGUUCGCUCACGAGCUGUUUUGGCUCAGGAGCCUGAAAACCUGCAGCUCUGUCCUGACCAGGCUUGGGAGUCUCAGCCCUGCACAGGGGGCGAAUGUUACGAGUACAAAUGGUUCAGCAGCGUAAACUCCACCCGCCCGCUUAUCUGGUGUCAGCGCUCAGAUGGACUCAAUGUCACCGGAGGUUGUCCCGCUAUGAACCCUCCAGUGGACAACAGCUCCUGUGACCCUCCGUGUCUCAUGUCAAAGUCCUUCUGCAGUGAGGCUGGUAUCUGCAUGUGCGAGGAGGGAUUCACAGAGGUGCUGUCGCCCACCGGGCAGCUGGACCAGUGCGCCCCCAUCCCGAUCCUGGAGAUCCCCACAGCAGGAGACAAGAAAGGGGAUGUGAAGACCAGUCGUGCCAUUAACCCCACCCUGCCCACCACCAUCCUGCCCGGACGCACCGGGCGGACCUGGUACCUGCAGCCCUACGGACCAGAUGGGAAGCUGAAGAUGUGGGUGUAUGGUGUAGCAGCCGGAGCCUUUGUGCUCCUCAUAUUCAUAGUGUCUAUGAUAUACCUAGCUUGCAGCUACUGUGCCAAAGUGCAUCGCUCUCUUAAGGCCCAAGAGUCUGACGCCAACGGGACGGCAGUCUGGAUGGGCCAAAACGCACAUGAGAUGACUUACACCUGUCCCGAUUGCCAAGAGCUGGCUCAAAGCAGCAGCAGCUAA